AUGCCGACUUACUUCCAACGUCCCGAAAAUGCCCUUAAACGGGCAGAUGAAUUCAUUGAUGUGGGCAAAAAGCAGCGUGCAUUGGAUGCCCUCUAUGAUGUUAUCAAGAGUAAGAAACAUCGAACAUGGCAGAAGAUCCAUGAACAGAUUAUGGCGAAAUACCUUGAACUCUGUGUGGAUCUUCGUAAAAGCCAUAUUGCCAAAGAAGGAUUGUAUCAAUACAAGAUCAUUUGUCAACAGGUGAACAUCAAUUCUCUUGUGGAUGUGGUGGAAAAUUACCUGAAAUUGGCUGAGAAGACUACGGAGGAAGCUCGGGAGCAGUCCCAUCAAGCUGUUGUUGACGUUGAUGAUUUGGACAAUCCUGACACUCCUGAAAGCUUGCUGAUGAAAGCUGUAAGUGGUGAAGACACUCAAGACAGAACUGAUCGUGCAAUCCUGACACCAUGGGUGAAAUUUCUAUGGGAGUCCUACAGACAGUGUCUGGAUUUGCUUCGAAAUAAUACCAGAGUAGAAAGACUGUACCAUAACAUUGCACAACAGGCAUUUCAGUUCUGUAUUAAAUACAACAGGAAGACAGAAUUCAGGAAAUUAUGUGACAAUUUGAGGACACAUUUAAUACAAAUUAACAAACAGCAGCACCAACAAACUGCAAUCAACUUGAACAAUCCAGAUUCCCAGGCAAUGCAUUUAGAAACACGUUUGUCUCAGCUAGACAGCGCCAUCACCAUGGAAUUGUGGCAAGAGGCUUUCAAGGCAGUUGAGGAUAUUUAUGGCCUGAUCAGUUUGUCGAAAAAGCCCCCCAAACCUGCACUGAUGGCCAAUUAUUAUCAGAAACUGGGUUUAGUCUUUUGGAAGUCAGGAAAUCAUUUGUUUCAUGCCUGCACUCUCCAUCGUCUAUUUCACUUGUCAAGAGAACAAAAGAAGAAUUUGUCCCAAGAAGAGUUGCAAAGAAUGGCUUCUCGAGUGCUGUGUGCCACUCUUGCGAUCCCUAUUCCUGCUGCAAGAAAUGCCAUUGGUCAGAUGCUGGAUAUGGACGAUGGCACAAUUGAGAAACAGAGGCGACUGGCUACUCUUCUCAUGUUGAAUAAUCCACCAACCAGAGCACAACUCAUCAAAGAUUUGGUGAAAUACAGUGUAAUUCAGUUUGUAUUUCCUGAUCUGCAAAACCUUUACCGUUGGAUGGAAGUUGAGUUCCAUCCACUGAAAUUAUCACACAGAAUAAGUCCUUCUAUUGAAUACAUCAAUAACCAAAGUGAUUUGAAACAGUAUGUACCUGCUUUGCAGGAUAUUAUUAUUACCAGAGUUUUAAAACAGGUAUCACAAGUUUACCAAUCAAUAGAAUUCAAUCGUCUUGCUGCAUUGGUGCCCUUUGCUUCUCCUUUCCAUUUGGAAAGAAUUAUUGUUUCUGCUUCAAAACAGUUAGAUCUACAAGUUAGAAUCAAUCAUUGUCCCAAAUCAUUAAGCUUUGGCACAGAUUUGAUACUUGCUCAAAAGGAAGAUAUUCCAGAAGGUCCAUAUAUUCAGAGCAUGCCGAGUGAACGUAUUCGCAAUCAACUGGCCAUCUUGACACAGGUCCUCUCUAAAGCCGUUAAUUUAGUUCAGCCGAAAGAAAAUGAGAGUGACAAAGAGAAUCUACGACAACAAAUGAUCAAUACUUAUAGACAGACUGCCAAAAAGGAGCACAUGAAAAUACUAAAGCGCCGACAGAUCAUUGAAGAUCGUAAAGAGCAGUUGGAACAUCUCAAUGAUCAAAGGGAACGUGAAGAACAGGAGCAGCAAGAAGAACAAAGGCGCAAGGCUUAUGAAGCUGAAAUGGCCAGAUUGGAUCGUGAAGCAAAAGAGAGAGAAAAACAAAGAUUGGAGGAAGAACAUAAAGAAAUUCAGAGGCGGCAUGCCAAGGAGAGAAUUGAGCAACUUCGUAAAUCUGAAAUGGGUGCCAAAUUCCUGCAAAAUAUUGAUGAAGAGGACUUUGCAGAUUUGGAUGUGGAUGAAAUCAUGGCCAGACAAGUGGAGCAGCUAGAAAAAGAAAAGAAGGAAUUGAUGGAAAGACUUAAAGCACAAGAGAAAAAAGUGGAUUACUUAGCCAGAGCCAAACGACUAGAAGAAAUUCCUUUAUUAGAAUUGCAGUUUGAUGAGGAAAGAGUCCAGAUGCAGAAAUUCUGGGAAGAACAGGAAAGGGAAAGAAUUGAAGCUCUGAAGAAAGAACGUGAAUAUGCUCUAGAAUGUAGGAACAGAUUGUCUCAUAUGAAAGAAGAGCGUGACAAGUUCAUCAAAACCCUGUCUGAAUCCCGAAAAUCAGACUUUAAUGAAAGAUUGAAAGCUUUUGAAGCUCGCCUACAAGAAGAGGUGAAGAAACGAUUAAAAGAGCGUAAAGAGCAAAGAAAAGAAGCAAGGAGGGAGAAAUAUUAUCGUGAAAAGAGAGAACGAGAAGUUCAACUUCGUGAAGAGGCUCAGAAGAGAGAAAUGGCUGAGCGUGAGAGGUUGGAAACCGAACGUCGGGAAAGAGAAAUGAGAGAGAAAAUGGCCGAGGCUAAGGAGAGAAUGGCCAAGCUGGAAGAGCAGGCUGCUAAACAGAGGGCUCGUGAAUUGGAAAUUGAAAUGAAAGAAAAGAAACGUCGAGAGGAACAAAUGAGAGAGAUGAUGCGUGAGUCUAAAGCUGAAGAAACCGUUGAGAAGAAAGAAGAAGAAAAGAAAGAGAGAACACCAUGGAAGCCCGUCAUUAAAGAAGGCGGUUGGCGAGAACGCACCUUACUGAGAGAAGACAGUUGGCGUAAACCAGAUGUCAGUAAAGGUGACGAUGAUUGGAGAAAAGCCCGGACUGAACGCAUUCCAGCUCGUGAAGACCGUUUUGGUGAUGACGACAGAGAUGCCUGGCCAUCAAAGGAACGAGAUGUUUCUCCAAAACUUGUCUCUGGUAGGAGUGGCCCCAGGAGUCUUCCUCCAAGAUCCAGUUCACCUCGAGAUCAAUCUCCCAGGGCCACUCCAUCUAGAGACAGGCAACCAAGAGACAGUUGGCGAGACAGAAAAGAGGAGGACAGAGAAAAAGAUGAUCGAUGGAACAGGCGUGAUGAUGAUGACUGGAGACAUGGCUCCUCACGUAGUGGUGGCCCAUCCACCAGGGAUGAUGGUUGGAGAGACCGUGCCGCGCCUCGUGAAGAAACUGGUGGCAGCAGCUGGAGAGACCGUGCCGGGCCUCGUGAAGAAACUGGUGGUGGCGCCUGGAGAGAACGUGGUGGUACUCGUGAUGAUCGUUGGCGUGGAGGAUCUGCUCGUGAUGGUCCGUCUAAAGAUGGAGUGUGGGGUAGGGACCGUGACAGAGAUCGUGGUGCUCCUCCCAAAGAUGAUGAUUGGAGAAAUGAUAGAGGACCUUCUAGGGACCGUGAUCGAGAUGAAGGCUGGGGGCGUGACAGAGGUGGAAGAGAUUCCAGUUGGCGUGGCAGUAGCAGAGACGAUAGGAAUAGAGAUGAUAGAGGGCCCCCACCAAGUCGUGAUGGUGAUUGGGGUAGAAGAGGAAUGGACCGUGGGGAUCGUGAACGUGGGAGUGCUACCCAAUCUGGUGGUACCCCAAGCCAGACACCAUCUGGGCCUAGGAAUUGGAGAACACCUGGCACAGCUCGUGGUGAUGAUGAUGAUGAUGGAUGGACAACUGUUCGAUACUAA